CUACAGCCAGCAGCCAGCAGCUCCCCCACAGCUCCCACCACAGCUCUCGAACCCAAACAUCAAUCCUCCCGACCGGCUCGACCCACUGCGAAUCCGUAUCGUGCACGCACACGCAAUGACGCCCUCGCGCUCCUCGACCCCUCCCACCAAAUCCGGCAUCGUCGUCGCCGAUGGACAAAGACUGAUCCCUGCGUCCGUUCGACCCGAUGGCUCUACGAGAAAGGAGAUUCGUGUGCGUCCUGGCUACCUUCCGCCGGAGGACGUUGAGGUCUACAAGAACUCGCGGGCCGAGGCGUGGAAGAACCGGGGCUCUUGCGGUGUCCCUGGUGCGGAACCGGUGGUGAAGCAGGAUGCUGCCAAGCUCGAGGCGGCGAGAGUCAAGAAUGCAAAGAAGAAGGAGAGGAAGAAGGCAAAGAAGGAGGAUGACGAAGAUGUGAAGGAGGAGGUCAAGGAGACGGCACCACCAGCUGCGAGCUCGAGGAAUGCGGCCGAUGCGACGCCGGAGGAGAAGGAGAAGCUGGCGAAGGCUAUCAGGAAGAAGAUCCGGCAGGCGAAUGACCUCAAGACCAGGAAGGAUGAUGGCGAGAGUCUGCUGCCUGAGCAGUUGGAGAAGGUUAUCAAGAUGAGUGAGCUCAUGAGGCAACUCAAUGCACUGGGGUUCUCUGAGUAAGCGCUGGGGAGCGGGAAGCGUUAUAUGAUGCAUCGGUUCUUGUUCAUGUGCAAUUUGGUUGUUGUCUGGUGUCUGGUGUCUGGUGUUCGCUUGAGCCUGUCUGACUUGCUGUCUGACUCGCUGGCUGUAGAUGUCUGUCGUGUACCUUGGAGGUCCUGUUUUUCGAGUGAUGAAUUAUGCAUAUAGAGACUAUACAAACGUUGCUUGAGGGCAGGGCGGUGUCUGUGGUCUGCUUGACGUGAUGGCAAUGAUACCUAGACG